UAAGAUAAGAACUGUUUACAUUUCAUAUGACCUUGACCAUGUAAACAAAAUGGCAGCCCCCAUGGAAAAAGGAGAGCUGAAAACAGAAACACUGACAAACAUGUCAAAUGGUUCUGAUGAAAAACAAGCUGACCUUAGCGCAAAUAGGAGAAAUGCACUGAUGUUUAGUGCAGCUGGUCUGUCAGUCUUGUUUGGUUUUGGAUUGUCAUUGUAUAAUGCCAGGAGAAGAGAACCAAAUUUAUUUAAGAAGGUGAAUGCUGAUGGGAUAUCACCAGAGGAAGGAACGGUGUUAGCAACUAAAGCUCUAGCAGUGGCAACAGUAUUGUCUGUCUCAUCAUUUGGUCUCAUGAUUGUUGGUGUCUUUAAGCUGAUGGGUGUUAAUAAUUUUCACGAGUUUCAUGCCAAAUUGAGAGAAUAUUUUCCCAAGAAAGAAUCAAGGGGAAGAGUUGAUUUUAAAAACCUUAGGGACUUAGCUGAUUAUUUAAUUAGUGAAGACAGAAAAGCUGAGUUAGCAAAAAAGAAAGAGGCGAAAGACCAGUCUUGAUUAUAACUGAUUGUUGAAUAAAACUUGGUGCAGAUGCAAUACAGUUCCAUGUGUAUAACUAUAAAAGUGGAAGAUCAGAGAUGGUUGCCAUGGAAAUUUGUCACAUCAUGAAGGGAUUGCAUUGUCUUGUCUUGUCUUGUCUUGAGACUGCAUGUUUUUUGGCAAUUGCAAAUGAUUGCAGAAAAGCAGUGAGAUUCUAGAAGAGUGCUGUUUGGUAUUCAAGUCUAUAAACAGUGCUGAUAAAAGUUUUACAGGCUUGCUCAGUAUGCCAUAGGGGUUUAAUAAGUGAACUGUGAACAUGGACUUCAAACUUUCUCAGUCAAAAUAUUUAGUAAACACACUAUGUCUUAAAAUGUUUUAUAUUUACAAUGAAACAGUUUUAUGCUUAAUUUCACAAACAAAAACUUCUUGGAUUAUUCAGAAUUAUCUAGCUUAGUCAGUAUGUCCUAAAAUUAUAUCUUAACUUUUUUAUGAUAUUGCAAAUUUCAUUUUAAUAUAGUUAGUGGCUUUUACUUAAAACAUUAUGUUACAAUAUUUAUUUGAGUGCAGGGUUUUUAACCAAACAGAUCUUAUUAUUACACAAUGUAGAGAAAAAUGCACCCUUAAUAAUGAUGCAUACUCACAUGAUUUUAUCUGUAAAUGCCUUUUCUCCCCUUAAUGCAUACCUGUAUGUUAUGCAAUUAUGAAAUUUGAUACGUGAACACUUCUUUAUGAGUUCUACCUGCCACACCCAUUUUUAUUUGAUCAAAGUUCAAAACAUAUAACUGGCCACUGAAUCAAACUGCAUUGACCUUGAACUUUCAAACUUUGUGUGUUGAUGAACCUUCAUGAAUCUUACGAGCAAUACCAAGGGCACAAUGACCUUUGUUGACAUUAUUAGUUUAAGUUUUAUUUCACGGUGAAUUGAAAUCUAAUAUGUAAAUGUAUUCAAAUGAGUUAUGCCUGCCUCACCUAUUUCUGGGUCAAAUGGCCAAGGUUAAUAUAACGUUUAAUUUAGAUUAUCUAUAUAGAUGUAUGUAUGUAUCUAGAAAAUAUUCAGUUUAUCAUCAAGCUGUGAGAAAAGUCAUUGGUCCUUGGACAGAUGUUGUAUUUCUUAGUAAGUAAGACCAUGUUCUGAGCUGUUUCAAAGCUACAUUGUGCAAUAUCCAUAUAAUGGUAGCAGAUAUUCUUGUUAUUGGAGGUUCAUACUUUUUACUGAAAAUAAAACGAAAUAUAUAUUAAUGUUUAAUUAUCUGUGAUAAAGAAAAAAAUAAUAAACAAAUUAAAAUUGUCA